AUGUUCCUCAGCAUCCUGAAGCCGCUGGCUGUUGUCUCGACCAUCGCGCUAUCGACGCUAGGCGUGCUCAGCCGGAAAUACCGACGAGCUCGGUAUGCGUUCCACCUCACGCUGUAUGCGGGUACGCUGGGUUUCAUGAGUGUUGCGGGGGUGUUUAUCAGCUUGGCGGCUACUAUUGCGGGGCAACGGCUAAAUACCAAUUACUUGGUCGCUCGCUGCUUCUAUGGCAUUACCAGUCCCCUGGUUGGCAUCCGCCUUAUCGUCGAGGGAGGAGAACACCUCGAGCCAGAAGCUGGGAGGGAACAGAGUGCUAUCUUAGUGGGGAAUCAUCAAAGCUUCCUCGAUAUCCUAUAUCUCGGCCGUAUUUUCCCCAAGCGGGCUAGUAUCAUGGCAAAGCGGGAACUCAUCUGGGCUCCUCUAUUAGGGCAAUAUCUCGCUGCAUCUGGAGCUGUGUUUGUGGACAGGAAGGACCGCAAGAAUGCGAUGACAGCCAUGACGACCGCAGGCGAGAAUAUGAAGCGGACCGGUGUAUCACUAUGGGUCUUCCCAGAAGGAACCCGCUCGUCUACUCCCUCACCCGUCCUCCUCCCCUUCAAGAAGGGCGCAUUCCACCUCGCCGUCCAAGCCCAAGUCCCGAUCAUUCCCGUCGUCUGCGAGAACUAUCACCGGCUGUUCGAUGGAUCAACUCGGUUCGAGAGUGGAGAUCUCAGAAUACGAGUCUUGCCGCCCAUCUCGACGAAAGGUCUUUCUUCUUCCGAUGUGGGGGAGCUCGCAGAGGAGACGAGGAGACAGAUGCUUGAUGCGCUGAUAGAGAUCUCGGCACCCGGACCAGGUCAAGGAGCGGAACGGAGGGCGCCUAGCCACACACACGCCAUAGCACCCGCUGAAGAGGGACCGCCACCUCCCAACGGUGCAGAGGGGGGACUGGUGGAUCGUCUGGAUGGAGAGCUUAUCUCGGGACAUGGGGAGAGCACGGACGACGAUGAGAUGGACGAUGAUGUUGUACUGAUAAGAAGGCCCAAGACUGAAUGA